AUGAAUCCAUUUAUGACUAUAGCGCCCCAAUUUUCGUAUUGUUUUUCUUACUUGAUGUCAGCUUCAUCUACACGCACACCUGGAACGUCUGGAAGAUCAGAAUUGUUGGAUCUAACGGAGUGUCCUAUAUGCUGCGUACGCUUCGAAAGACCUCUGCAGCUUAACUGUGGACAUUCAUUUUGCACUACAUGUGUAGAUAGACUCAUAGCCGAAGCGCGAGACAACCGGAAUGACAAUUUUUUGGAAGGGCUCAGAAGAUUCGCGUUUCCGAUGAAUCGUCAAGAUCCGAAUUUCCAUUUGCUCAAUCGUUUCGAAGAUGAUCUUUGGCCACACCUUCCUCCGAGACCACCACCACCUCCGCCGCCACCUUUGAUGUACCCAGGCUUGGGAGGCGUGCCCCGCCCAAUGCGCAACUAUCGAAACCAUGAGGAUAUGGGAGAUAUGCCAUUCAACCGUGGACCACCACCGUAUAACGAUGUUACCAUCAAGUGCCCGGAAUGCCGACAAACCACCAAGGUCCCACCCGAAGGAUUGCCUGUCAAUUACCGCUUGCAAGAACUGGUGGCUCACGUAGCUGAGGCUCCUGAAAUGAACACUGUGUCUCGCAAUGACGCUGCGGGAAACGGAUUUCCGAAAUGUCUGGUAUGUGAUGAAGUCAUGGCUAAGGGAGUUUAUCUCACUUGUCGUUCCUGCGCUACAGAGAAUGAAACUGCACGUCAACUAUGUUCGAUGUGCUGUCUUAGAAAUCAUAAUGGUCACGAUAUUGAAGAGAAACGUUUCCUAACUCUGCAAGAUGUUGUGGUUGGUAGAGAUUCUGUCUCUGAAGCAACCGGUCGUGGAUAUCAAGCUGUAGACCAAGCACUGCAAGCGCUAGAUGGUUGUACCGCUAGUACUAAAGGCUCCUUCCAAGAGAGCACGCGCAAUGUACUGCGCGCAUUCGAGCUUAUUGCUGGCGAUAUGCAAAUUGAAACCCUAACUUCUCAUGAUGAGCUCGAAAGGCGGGUACAAAUGGCACAGGAAAUUUGUACAAAAUUGGAACAGCUUCCGGACGUUUUAAAAGGCGUGCUUGACAAAUUUCGUGCAGAAUUUGAUGCAGCAAUGAAUCAUUUUGUCAAUUCUACUAUGGUCUAUGAGGGGACAGCUUUGAAUCCUUUUGCUGCGGAAGUUUUAAGCAGAGAUCAGAGGGGAAGUUCGGGUGGAGACACAAGCGCUUGUGAAGCCGCACCCGUUCUAACUCCGAAUUCAUCGGGCCUUACCGAAGACGUGAGGGACGUACCCAGGACUUUGUCUAUGCUAGAAAGGAGAACUCGACAGUUGCGGGCUAUGCAGCAACAGUGCAGUGCUUUGCGUCGGCGCAGGCUUCAUGAGCGGUCCAGAGAUGCUCACGGCACUCGUAAUAGUUUUCGCAAUGAUCGAGAGCGUCUUGAGCGUCUUCGUGAGGAGCUCCGAAGUGAUCUUUACGAGACGGAUCGCGAUUUGGAAGCCCGUGACCGUUCAGGAAGAGCCGAGCGAUCAGUGCAGCCGCCUCUGCCAACCGGAGCACAAGCAACUUCUUCUUCUACUUCUUUGGCUGUUCCUUCUCGUUCGAAUAGGCAGGAGGAAAGAAGGCGCAGCAACAGUAUCGAAAUUAUCUCGCCCAGUCCACCUGCCGUCGCUGAUUUGGAGCAGCGUGCUGGUCGGCUCAUCAUCACACCUGAACGCCGUCAUCCAAAGCGCGAGGAGCAGGAUGAAGAGCACAAUUCAAACAGUACCGUUGUUAGUACCAGAAUCACCGGUAAGCAUAGAAGAGGACUGGAUCUGUUGAAGGCAGGUGAUAGUAGCAGUUCAAACACGGAUGACACAGAACCCACAACCUCAAAAGGGUGCGUCGCGUCACGUACUCGUCCUAGCAAAAGGAAGAUUGGAGUUACAAUAAUCCGUUUUCCGACCCACUCGAGCGAGCCAGGACCGUCAUAUAUAUCUGAAACUCACGAGGAACCAAUGGUCGGGGAUACGGUUGAGAACCAGGCGGAGGAAGCUGAAGAUAGCAAUGAAGCUCAAAAUAUCAAAGUUUUUACAGAGAAUAUGUAUUGAUUUCUUUACAGUUCAUGGCAAUGCAAAUAAAUGUUUAAUAUAG